UGCAUUCUCACAUUGGGUGCAGCCCGGGCCACCCAGCCGUGCAGAGUCUUGAUGCUGCAGAGGCGCGGUGCGGGGUCCCAGUAACCAAGGGGUGGGAAUCCAACCCCGGAGCUAGACUGGCGUUGCUAGCCGAGAGCCUUGUGCUCUUGGGGGAUUGGUUUCCACCUGGGGCUGUGCGCGAUGACUUGCUCUUGUUCUUUCUGGGCCAGGGUUAUCGUCUGCAGGUUCGCGAUGCAGCGGGCGGCGGUUCUGGUGCGGCGGGGCUCCUGCCCCCGCGCCUCGGGCCCCUGGGUCCGUAGUCACAGCAGCGCUGCAGCCGAAGCUUCGGCGGCGCUCAAGGUGCGACCGGAGCGCAGCCCUCGAGACCGCAUCCUCACUCUGGAGUCCAUGAACCCGCAGGUGAAGGCGGUGGAGUACGCCGUGCGCGGACCCAUCGUGCUCAAGGCCGGCGAGAUCGAGAUGGAGCUGCAGCGGGGUAUCAAGAAACCAUUCACUGAGGUUAUCCGAGCCAACAUUGGGGAUGCCCAUGCUAUGGGCCAGCAGCCAAUCACCUUCCUCCGUCAGGUGAUGGCGCUCUGCACCUACCCAAACCUGCUAAGCAGCCCCAGCUUCCCAGAAGAUGCUAAGAAGCGAGCCCGGCGGAUCCUGCAGGCUUGUGGUGGAAACAGCUUGGGAUCCUACAGCGCCAGCCAGGGUGUGAACUGCAUCCGUGAAGACGUGGCAGCCUUUAUCACUAGGAGAGAUGGUGUACCUGCCGACCCGGACAACAUUUACCUGACCACCGGAGCUAGCGACGGUAUUUCUACGAUCCUGAAGCUGCUGGUCUCUGGGGGCGGCAAGUCACGGACAGGCGUGAUGAUCCCCAUCCCCCAGUACCCUCUCUACUCCGCGGUCAUCUCCGAGCUGGAUGCCGUCCAGGUGAACUACUACCUAGAUGAGGAGAACUGCUGGGCCUUGAACGUGGAUGAGCUCCGGCGGGCAGUGCGGCAAGCCAAAGACCACUGUGACCCCAAAGUUCUCUGCAUUAUCAACCCCGGGAACCCCACAGGCCAGGUACAAAGCAGAAAGUGCAUAGAAGAUGUGAUUCACUUUGCCUGGGAAGAGAAGCUUUUCCUACUGGCUGAUGAGGUAUAUCAGGACAACGUGUACUCUGCCGACUGUCGGUUCCACUCCUUUAAGAAAGUGCUUUACCAGAUGGGGCACGAGUACUCCAGCAACGUGGAGCUCGCGUCCUUCUACUCCACCUCCAAGGGCUACAUGGGCGAGUGCGGCUACCGAGGAGGCUACAUGGAGGUGAUUAAUUUGCACCCUGAGAUCAAAGGCCAGCUGGUGAAGCUCCUAUCGGUUCGCCUCUGCCCACCAGUGUCUGGACAAGCCGCCAUGGACAUUGUCGUGAAUCCCCCUGUCCCCGGCGAGGAGUCCUUCGAGCAGUUCAUCAGGGAAAAAGAAUUCGUUCUUGGUAAUCUGGCCAAGAAAGCGAAGCUGACAGAAGAUCUGUUUAACCAAGUCCCAGGGAUUCAGUGCAACCCCUUGCAAGGAGCUAUGUAUGCUUUUCCCCGGAUUCUCAUUCCUGCCAAGGCUGUGGAGGCGGCUCAGGCCCAUAAGAUGGCCCCAGACAUGUUUUACUGUAUGAAGCUCCUGGAGGAGACUGGCAUCUGUGUCGUGCCUGGCAGUGGCUUUGGGCAGCGAGAAGGCACCUACCACUUCAGAAUGACAAUUCUCCCUCCCGUGGAGAAACUGAAGACAGUGCUCCAUAAGGUGAAAGAUUUUCACCUCAAGUUCCUGGAGAAAUUCGCAUGAGGAUGCCUCAGGCGCCAGAGGGUCUCGGUCCAAUCCCACCCAGGCCUUCCUCUUGGACUCUGCCUCAGACCUCAUGCAGGCCGUCAGCCCGGUUCAUCAUGUUUCCCAGGAGACUUUCUUUGUGCCUUGAGCAAACAGUGAUUUUGCAAUGUCUCGCAGGCCCUGUUGUUUUUUGUUAAAUGCAGCCAAAGUAGAGUCAACUUGCUCGGCAGAUGUGGCUGGGAUUCUCUGAAUCACCUAUCCUUCUUGUGUUCGGAAAGUUCCUUUAUGUUUUGAACAGCCAGGGUGCAUUGAAAUGAGAGCGUUCUUAUCUACAGAAUCAAGCAGAUGUUGGGAAUGUGUGACUUUACAUGGUGAGGACCGGAAGUCCAGAAAUCAACACUGAGAUCCCGUACGUUUUGAACAGCAAACCUGCAAGUCCGGCAAGCACCCAGAGAAAACUUGUCAUUCUGGUCUGGAUAUAGACAGUCCAUCACAGACCAGAAUACUGAAGCCCGUAGUGGUACGGGGUCACAUCAGAUUCCAGGUUAGAUUGUACUGAACACAGCAUUGGCAGGGGCCGUGACCUUGGUCAGAGGUCCUGAGGGGAAGUGGGGGAAAGCAGGCUGCAAGUUGAGCUGUGUCUUCUGAGCCGCACCACAGGUGCGGGAUGACUCAGCACCCUGAGCUCGGCGCAUGCUUUUGCUGAGACCUUGGUGUAAAAGGUCUCCCGGGCUGCAGGGACACCAGGGAGAGCCCUGAAAUAUCUUGGUGACGUGAGGAUUCUCUGCCUGUGGUGGAUCCAUCCUACUGGUUACCUAGGGGCAGUCCGCGUCGUGUCCCACCCCCCCACCCCCCCUCACUCCCCCCCCCCCCCCCCCCCCACCCCGCCCAGGGCUCAUCUGAGCCUUUGUACCGAUUGCCCUCUGCUGGUGGCAGGAGAAAUGAGCAAAGGCUGUAAAGUGCCCCACGUUAGGAGGAGGUGGAUCUUUUUAAAAAGCUGACAGUUCAGCCCCUGCAGGUCUUUUAACUGUUUCAAACUAAAUUUGGCUCAUCCUGUGACUAUAGUUGAUGACAGCGCCCGCUACACCAACUGCAAGGAAGGGGUGUGCAGUCUGAGUCAGCAAACCUCCCCUACAGCAGUUUCCUGCCUCCCUCCCCAUCUGUGGAUGGUGCCCCACGUCAUCAGCCAUCCCUCCGUGCCACAGAGUAGCCGCCACCACACCUGGGUGGAGCCAGGUGCGUGCCAAGGAGAUGGGUGCUACAGGGAGCAGCAGGCCAGGUUUUCCUCCCCAACAGUCCUUGGCUGUCUACCUUCGUCAUGAGAAGUGAGGGAAGCCAUGACCAGCUCAGGGGCCCAUGUACCCAGUGAGUCUGGGGGAACACAAGGAGCUAGAGAGAGCGAUGCGCAGGACUGGGGGGUCCUGUGCUGUGAUUCCACACUGGGUCUGUGCAGGGGGGUGCAGUUUUUAAAAGAACUUCAAGCUGCUAACACGAGAUUAUAUUACUGUGAAGGAAGCAGCCACGGUCUUAUCAAAAUGAAAUGUUCUGGAACUUUCCUUAGAAAGUUGAAAAGGUAGCGUGUGUGCUUGCUAGGCAUAUACAUUCUGAGAUGUCUCAAUGAAUGAUUAACUAGAAGCUAGUCUAUUUUUUUAUAUUUUUGUAACAAUUUCUUUUUUCAUGGUGGGGGGUGGAAGGGUUAGUAUUUAUAGUCCUAACAAGUCCAAUAAUUUUUAUAAGUCUCUUCAGAUUAUAAAUAAUCCUCCAAAUUUUGCAAUGUUUACAUGUUUUUUUAAAAAGAUGAUAAAUAUGCUAAGUUUGCUUUUUAAAUAAAAACUUAGGUGUUCUAAGAGAUUAAUAACGUCAGGUAGGCAUACUGGUUGUGGCAGUUUGGGUUUUCUACAGAUUCCGUCCCCACGCCUUUUCUCCCCCAGCAUCACUGAAGACAGUUGUUUGUCGUUUGGGGUUUCCCUUGGGAGUCUACUCCUGUGAGGUUGCUGUUCCUCCAGAGAUGUGGGUGGGUGGUGCUGUGGAAGCCUGGGCCAGGCUGGACCUGGGUCAGUGAUACCCAAAGACAUUGUUUGCAUUGGGUGCGAGGGUAGGGGCAGGCCUGCCUGUUCUCGGCUGUUUCCGUCUCGGUUCUUCAGGCCUCGCUGACAGAGGUCCUUGGUAAUAGCUGUGCUGGGAAGUUCUGAACAAUAAACUAUGUGCCCAGAA